GGUGGAGCAGAACUUCCCAACUUUGAACCGCCAUUCAUUUUCUGCUCAUCAAUGGCUUCUUCAACAAACGACGUAGCCGACGAGUUCUUUCCCUUCUUAAGAAUCUACAAAAACGGCCGCAUCCAACGACUCCAAGUCACCUCCGACAUAGUCCCCGCCUGCGCCGACGACCCCAACUCCGCUUUCCGAGCAAAGGAUGUCACGAUCUCCGUGGAUUCCGCCCUUUCGGUGCGUAUUUUCAUCCCCUCCGCCGUAGAUCUCAAUCAGAAGUUGCCCCUUCUGUUGUACGUCCACGGCGGAGCUUUCUGCUUCGAAUCGGCUUUUAAUUUGCAGUACCAUAGCCACGUGGGUUCUCUCGCUGCUAAGGCCAACGCCGUCGCUGUUUCCGUCGAGUACCGCCUCGCGCCGGAGAAUCCAAUCCCCGCCUGCUAUGACGAUUGUUGGGAUGCUUUACGGUGGAUCGCGGCCCAUGUGAACAGGGAUGGUCCAGAGCCGUGGCUAAAUGAGCACGCAGAUUUGGACCGGAUCUGUUUAGCUGGCGACAGUGCGGGCGCCAACAUCUGCCAUCACUUGGCUGUUCGAGCAGGAUCAUCAGCAGAGCAGCUGGGCAGAGUAAAGGUGGUGGCAUUGGCUUUGAUUCACCCAUUCUUUGGCGACGGGGCGGAGGACAGGCUGUGGAAGUAUCUGUGUUCGGACACCACUUGGCUGAGACCCACCGCACAGGAUCUGGCCACGUUGCCUUGUCGGAGAGUGAAGAUCUUUCUGGCAGAGAAAGAUUCUCUGAAGUUCGGAGGGAGGAAUUACGAUGAGGAUUUGAAGAGCAGCGGGUGGAAGGGGGCGGUGGAGACGGUGGAGCACGGCGGAGAGGAUCAUGUGUUUCAUUUGAAGAUGCCGGAGUGUGAAAAGGCCGUUGAUUUGAUGGAAAAAUUAGCCUGUUUCAUAAACUUAGAUUAGGAUAAAACUAAGUUAAUCUUAAAAUUAAUAUGGUUGGGGUUUGUUUUUGAAUUAGACUUCUUCGACAAUAAUCGCAUGACUUUUGAAUGAAUUGUAACACGAAUUGAUGA